GGCUAGUAGGCUUACCUGCCCAGUGCUAAUGCUUUUGCAUGUUUGUAGGCCUGGCCUGGGCUUUGUUGGAUGUGUAUAAGUAAAUCCGUCUCCCGAACUGCCAAGAAGGAAAGAAAAGCCACCAACUCACGCACAAAAACACUUCGCCAUCCAUCCAUCCAUCCAUUCAUCAUCAUCAUCAUCCGGUUGCAACGUCCACUCGAUCGACCGACCCACUUAACCAGUCCACGACAUUAUAUCCAAAUACUAAUACUAUUUUUCUUUCUGUUCUUUUCAUCAAGUAACUCACAUCCGCAAUGCAUUUCCUUACUGCCGCUGUUGCCGCGACGGCCAGUCUUGGCGGUCUUGGAUUGGUGGCGGCCGCCCCCUUCAGCGUCCCGUCGGCGAAUGGGUUCCCCAACCCUAACCCUGAUCAGCUCAAGGCCAUCCAGAACCAGGCCGACGGCACUCUCUCGAAUGCCCCGCCGCCGGCCAAAAUCUCCGACAAGAGUAUCCCGAUUUUCCAGUUGGUCAAGAUCAAUGAGGAUUUCGAGUCUGCCUACUUCUACUCGGUGAUACAGAACAUCACAAACAAGGUCCCCGGCUUCGAGGUUGCAUCAAAAGACAAGGAGGACGAGUUGCUCGACAUUCUCGGCACGGUCCUGGCACAAGAGGAGCUCCAUUCCAUCAACGCCGCCAACACGCUCAAGAAGUUCAACGCCUUUGUACCUGGGCCGUGCAAGUACCAAUUCCCCACAACCAACCUCCGCGACGCCGUCAGACUUGCCGAUACCUUCACCGACCUUGUUCUGGGAACCCUGCAGGACGCCAGCCAAGGUCUCGCCAUCAACGGCGACAACGGCGCGGUGCGCGGUGUCGCCAGCACCAUUGGCCAGGAGGGCCAGCAGUCGGGCUUCUACCGGAGCCUGCUGUCCAAGAAGCCGUCCGAGAAGCCCUUCUUGACCACCAGCGUCGGCCCCUUCGCCCUGUCCGCCCUGCAGCAGUUCAUCGUGCCCGGCUCGUGCCCCUUCCAGAUGAGCCAGAUCGGCCUGCCCAUUUUCCCCGUCCUCAAUGUCCUGUCUGGCGACGGCGGCCGCACCGUCGAGCCCAAGGACCAGACCCUGAGCUUCUCGGCCGACCUCUCCGGCAGCUCGGUUCUCAGCAAGAUCAUCAACGGCAACGGUGCCGACCUGACUGUUGUCUACUUUUCCGGCCAGCUCGUCCCCAUCAAGACCCCCCUCACCAACGUCCGCUGGAGCGGCAACGUCAUCACCUUCGACGCCAACUUCCCCUUCACCGAAAACGUCAUGUCCGGACUGACGGUUGCAUCGCUGGCCAUUGACGGCGUCUUUGUUGUUCCAGGCGACGUCGUCGGUCAGACACUCGCUGCCCCGGGCCUGAUCCAGGCCGACGACUUUGUCAAGUCGUGGGAUGGUCUCUGAGACAUUUCGCCCUUUGUUACUCUGUUGUUCAAUGACAUAACCUUUUGCAUGCUGCAUGUAAUUACGGGUAGUAGGUGGCUGUGCGCUAUGGAGCAUUUGACUGGCGUUUUGCAUCUAAUUGGCUUCAGCGGUGGCAUUUUUUUCGGUGUUCUUUGUUUGUGUUCUUUGUGGGGUUUCAUUCGGGCCGGGACAAAGGGCCGAGGGCGACGGCACAACUGACGGGCAGAUAGUUAAGGGCUAAUUAUUAGAAGGUAUAAGGCGCUGUGGCGACUUGAUAUUUUAAAGCCUGAUAUUAGUAACUUUCUAAUAAUACCUAAAAAAUAGUUCCG